AUGUCCGAAAAAGAUGAUAAUAUGGAGGUGUCCGAAACGGUCAUCUUCCCAGUCUCUGACUUCCGAAUCGCACCUUCUCUUUCUAAUCCCCGAGAACUGCUAAGUCAGAUAUCCUCUAUUGCCAAAAACCUUCAAGCCAUCUUGGAAUCAGAGUCGCCGAUCGAGGAUUCGUUUACCGACCUAUACUCCCCCAAACUCGCCUACAAGGACUUCUCCUCAGCUUUAACUUUGUCUUGUGAUGAAACUCCCAACGUUACGCUCUCCGCCGAGGAAGUAGCUCAACCUCUUUCAAAUGUGCCUAAAUCUGACCUUCUUUGUUGUACUGUUGCUGCUGACCAAGAAUCCCUCCCAGCAGGUGCUGCUCCAGAUGACCUGCCUGCACUAACCAGAUUGAGGAAAUUCCUUAGAACAGUCAGCUCAAAGAGCCUGACGGAUCUAACUGCCUCUUUUCAAAACUUUUGUGAUCAUUUCGUGGCUUUGGAAACUGAAAGGCUUCUCCUUGAGGAGGAAUGUGCAUCCUUGCGCGCGGCUACUAGUGCACCUCGUCAGAACGAUCUCAAUCAGACUACCGUCUUUGAAAUGAUAGAGAAGGUCUGUGCCAAUGCUGAAGAUAAUAUAGAGGAGCUGCAGACUUCGCUAAAGGACGCAAAAUCACGGGCUGCGGAGUUUGAAGCCAAGGUCGAAUCUCUAACGUUGGAGUUGUCCAAACAAAGCGCCUCAAACACACAGUUGCACUCGGAGCUUGUUGAAGCGCAGGAGCAAAUUCAGGCUAAAAUGACAGCUUUGUCCGACCUCGAAAUUAUCUGGUCACCUCUACACUGUUCAAUCCGACUUCGUGAAAGUGGCAAAAACGCUGCCUUGAAUGAGCAAGUUAUCAUCCAGGAAAAAGAAAUUUCUUCCCUCGAAUCGGCCUAUGGAAAGGCCUUGGAAAAUCUCCGUGCGGCAAAUGCGGAACUGCUGGAAACGAAAGGUCAGUUCCUUUCCUUCCUCCGUUGUACUUUGCACCGAGACUUGGACGAAUAA